GUCCCCCGUCCCCCAGUCCCCACAGCAGCAGCCCAGCUUCGCGAAUGCGAAUAAGCCUUUUUCCUUCCCCAAUGUCCAAUCGCCAUUGCUGACUGGUAACCGGUGAAUGGUGACUGCCCACUGCCCACUGCCCACUGCCCACUGCCCACUGCCCACUGCCCACUGCCCACUGCCCACUGCCCACUGCCCACUGUCCACUGCCCACUGCCCGCUGCAGCCCUCAGCCCUCACCCUCACCCUCACCCUCAGCCCGGCGGGUAAGCGGCAUCGCGCAGGAAGUACCUUUAGAUUGGUGGGUCUGGCUGGUGGGUUUGUCUAGCUGGGUCGUGCGAAGCGGUUGGUGGGUUCGGUUGGUGGGUUUGUGGAUUGGU